ACCUCUACCAUCCAAUAGAACAAGCAAUACAGCAUAAAUAAAAGAGACGAUAUGCCAGACUUUAAAUACCCCAUGCCCAAAAUCCUUUCUCGGGGCCCGCUGAACGCCGAAGAAGCCCAAUGGAAACGCCUAGUGAAAACAACAUAUCUCGAUCCCAAUAGUGUCCAACGCUCCUGGGAAUCCGGGGAGUAUCAAAAACGGCCCGCAGGUAUUAAUUCAGUCGUCGGGGUUAGCGUGGUGACCAUCUUUCCCAAGAGCACGGGUCCAGAACUUCUGCUGCUGAAGCAAUACCGACCUUCCAUCGACAAGAUAGCCAUUGAGAUUCCCGGAGGUAUGAUCGAUGCCGGGGAAAAUCCGGAGCAAGCUGCCGUGCGGGAGUUGAAGGAGGAAACGGGGUAUAUGGGUGUAGUUGCGGAGAGUAAAGGGAAUCUUCUCUUCAAUUCACCGGCAUUCUGUAACAAUAACUUCCGGUACGUCUAUGUGGACGUAGACUUGUCGUUGCCGGAGAAUCAGCAGCCCCAAGCGCAACCGGAGGAGGGUGAGUUUAUCGAGUGCUUUACCGUCCCUGUGGCAUCGCUUUUCUCGGAGUUGAAAAAGCUUGAGAGUGAAGGGUAUGCGGUCGAAACGAGGGUUGUUGCUAUUGCGGAGGGACUUGAGAUAGCUAAAAGAUGGAGCUGUACAUAGAGAAGGCUACUCGUGGCGCCUAAGGCAUCAAUAAUCUAGCUCCGAGUCACGUGGAUAUACCAUCCGGUCUGAAACGGAUAAACCAAUGUAGCGGUUAAACCUCCGUAUCGGGGAAGUCGGGGGAGUCGAUUAUCCGGACAGCACGAGGCUAUAGGCGACGAAUUUAAUUACACUAAGGAGGAUAACAUUGAUCUCU